UUCUUGGCUGCUGGCUUCUUGGCUGCUGGCUUCUUGGCUGCUGGCUUCUUGGCUGCUGGCUUCUUGGCUGCCGGCUUCCUCGCAGCCUUCUUGGCUGCAGGCUUCUUGGCAGCUGGCUUCCUCGCAGCCUUCUUAGCAGCUGGCUUCCUCGCAGCCUUGUUGGCUGCCGGCUUCUUGGCAGCUGGCUUCCUCGCCGCCGCAGACUUCUUCGGGGAGGCCUUCCUGGGUGAAGUCUUCUUCACGGGCGAAGCAACAGCCACAGCGUCCGACAUGUUUCUUUCCCUUUUUUUGUUUUCUUGUGUCGAGUUCUUUUCGUGCACAAUCAGCAGACUCUUCCACACAAAGAAACGGCAGGGGGAGCAGUACCCAGACGGCACGCGGCGCAAGAGACUGCGUCAAUCUGGAAGUGUGUCCGAGAGGGCCCGAGUUAUAGUACCUACUAAACAGAGAGUUCGCAAGUGA